AUGGCAACCUUGUUCUCGAUCCAGGCCGCCCACGAUGCAUCGGCUGCGCGAGACGCCGCCCGCGCAGCGGCCGCCGCCGCAUCUCGUGUUCGUGUCGCCCGCCGCCCGGCGGCCGCAUCUCGUUCUGCACGCUCGGCGGCCGCCGCUGCUUCCCGCGCAUCCAUUGCCGUCCGCGAAGCUCUUACGUACACUGAUCCCGAGGAGAAGGAGGAACGACCGCCGCCAAGCUCCUUCCAGCAUGUGGCGGGCCUGGACGCCCCUUCCUCGCAGACCUCGCUCCUCGUAGUGCAGUGCAGGGAAGAUGACCCUGUGCCUGGUAAGGAUGUGACGGAGAAGGAUGUCGAAUCUGACGAAGCCAUGUGGCCGGCCUUGUAUGAGCUCUGGUGCAAGGCUUACAACAAGGAGCGUGACCAUGGUGAGAUGGCUCGCCGGUUCAACAGGUUCAAGUACUUUGCAGAGGCUGUAUAUUCCUGGAACAAGGGUUGUCGUUAUAGAGAAGAGGAAAAAUAUUUAGGCAAAUACGCUGAUGGGAUAAAUGCACAAGAGAUGAUUGAAGUUGAGAACCUAAGAGGUUACAGUGAUCCUAAGAGGUAUCUUCAGAGCCUAGGCAUUUUCAUUGAAUUUCCAAAUCAAUCCCCGUGAUCGUCAAACUUAACACAAAUGAUGCUGUGAUAUUCCAUGUUUACUAAACUAUGGUUCUGUCUGCACCAUCUUUUUAGCUAAGGGGUUAUAUAUAUAUAUAUUUCGUAUGCAACUUAGAUCCUCAAACUGUAAUAAAAUAUGCUGUGUGCCAUGUCUACUAAACUAUGCUUCAGCGACAUCUUUUUAGCCAAGUGGUUAUGAUAUAUUCCAUGUGCAUCCCAUCUGCAUAUUAUUUAGCCUUUUGAGU